AUGGCUAGUGAAGCCCCCGUCGUCGACCGCUCUUCCGUGGAUCCCCGAUGCGACAAGCUCUUCCGUGAAAUCGAGGCUAAAUUCGAUGCUUCAAAUAUUCCGACCGACAAGUGGUAUCUCACAACACUCGGUGCUAUCAUCCCAAGCGCAGAGCCAUGCAUGGCAGGUCAAUUAUACCUGUACUUGCUCAGCCAGCCUCCAUACUCGACACCCGACGGGCGUAAAACCCUGACCCUCCGCUUUCAUGAAGUGAUUCUCAAGGCUGUGGCAUUACUGGGAAUCCCGAAACCAGCCGAAGCUACCAUUGCCAUCGCUAAUAUAGAGCCAGUGGACCACGAAGAACUACCCUUUAGUCGAGAAGGAUGGCAAUGUGACGAAGCAAACCACCAGCGUGGGAUGUCGUGGUUACAAAAAAUAUAUGCUCAGAAUACGCCUGCCCUACUUGAUUUGUUUAAGAAGCAUCGUGACUUUGGAGCUGCCGUCUGCGACAUUGCUUAUGGCCUAUGUUUGUCUGAUCGUCAGAUUCUAGAUGAUAUGGAUACGGAGCUUGUUGUUUUGCCUGCUGUGAUGGGUCAGAAUCUUCCGCGGAUGACAUAUUGGCAUAUAAGGGGCUGUAGAAGAGUUGGGGUUUCCAAAGAGGACGUUGAGAUGCUCUGCGAAUGUGUUCAUGCUGUUGCGCAUGCCUGUGGAACGGCGCUAGAUCGCGUGCGGGAUAUGCAGAUCGACGAGGAUGGGAUAUGA